AUGCUGAUUCUUAUUUCAGGCUGUUUGUUUCAUUUUGGCCAAUGUGUAUGGAGGCAAAUUCAAAGUUGUGGCUUAACCAAAAAAUAUCAUGGUGAUACACAUUUCGAUAAAAAUGUAAAAAGAUUAAUUGCAUUAGCAUUUGUUCCACUUGUAGAUGUUGUGAAAGCUUUUGAAUUACUUGAAAAUGAAUUUGAUGACGAUGCUGAUGAAUUCAUGUAUUACUUUGAAAAAACGUGGAUUGGAGAGCGCAAGAGACGCGGAACUGGUCGAAAAAGACCACAAUUUAGUCAUGAAUUAUGGAAUGUCUAUGAUCGAGUCAUAAACGAUUUACCUCGAUCUAAUAAUGCCAUCGAAGGUUGGCACAACGCAUUUGCCAAUCGCGUAGCCAUCGCCCAUCCAACGAUUCCCAAAUUAACCAACAAAAUUAUCCAAGAGCAAUCAAAAUUUGAAAUUGAUAUAGAAAAACUUCGUCAAGGUGAUGAACCAAAACCAAAAAAAGCUGCAUACCGAAAGUAUGACGACAAAAUCAAACGACUUGUUCAGUUAUAUAAUAAUAACGAUUUGGCUCAAUAUUUAAGCGGUAUUGCAGCUAAUAUAAAUUUGUAA